AUGGAGCAAUGCCUGCCCCCGCCCGAAAGGGUCGCGCAAAUCAUCACGGGAGCUUUUCGAACCAUUCCCGGAGCUGCGGUUAACGUCGAGGUACGCCUGUUCCCGGUCACGCAACAGCUUGAGCAAACAGCGCUCGAGACCGCCAUGCGGAUCAGAACCAUACCACUCUAUGCGGAGAUAACGGUCAGCCGCAAGAACAGCCAGUCCCUAGCCUCCUCGACCGACUCUCCAGUGUCCUCGAAAGCAAGUACGGCAGCCCCCGUCGACCGCUUAGAGAAGCGCCAACCACAUAUCGUGCCCCCACGGUGGACUCCGUCGGUCACCCGUAUCGCCGAAUCCUUAGACGCAGCUAUCUAG